GCUUAAUAAUAUUCAGCUGCUAGCAGUAACUUAUGGUUAAGACCUUUGAGACAGCGAAAGUGCUUUGAGUCAUAUCUUCUACUGACUAGUAGUCAGACUUUUAGGGCAACAUGUGUCCAGGCAUUCAGUCAUGAUUGAGUUCUGCUCGGAGUAUGUUGGCGCAAAGCUGUUGCCUUCGACUGCUGAUCCUCCUCCUUCUGUUCACAUCAAUCUGCAGCGUUUCGAAAAAAUCCCUCAAAUACUUCAGGAACCGAAAAUUGCGAGAGAGAAGGAUCAAAUUGUUCGGCACCAAGAAGACAGAGAUUCAAUCACUCUUGAUAAGUACGUGGAACUAUACGGAUGCCAAUUUGCAGGCAUGGAGUGUGUUGCAGCAAGGACAUCGAAGGACUCGUCAGGCGGUGAUACAGGGAUGCAUGGCCUGCCAGAACCAGCGAUGUGGACGCCUUCUGGCCGGAAGAUCCUCUCCAGAUACGGAGGGAGCACUCACCCUGGAGGCAGCCAUUAUGGAUGGAGAAAGCUUGGAAUACGGUGCAGUGGCUGGGAUGGAUGGAGUUCGGAAUGCCAUUCUAGUAGCCGAUGCAGUUCUGAAAUACACAAAACAUUCCGUUCUGGUCGGGAAAAGUGCAACGAAAUUCGCCAGAUCUUUGGGUUACAAAGAGGAGUACCUCACGGAUGCGAGAACGAAAAAUGUCUUGAAAAAGUGGAGUUCAAACGGCUGUCAGCCGAAUUUCUGGCGAGAUGUACAUCCUUCGCCGGCGGAAAACUGUGGACCAUAUUCACCCCUACCCGAGCACCUGCAUCAGCAUCCGAUGCACCAGGAAUAUGCCAUCACACAGGGUCAACACGAUCAGCUGGCCUUCUUGGCCCUGGAUGCGGAGGGUAAAUUCCAUGUGGCCAGCCAAUCAAGUGGCGCCCAAUUCCGGAUUCCCGGUCGAGUGGGUGAUUCGGCGGUGCCUGGUGCCGGGAUUUAUGCGGAUAACGAAGUGGGCGGUGCGGUGGCCAGUGGCGAUGGCGAUGUCCUGAUGCGCCACCUGCCCGCCUUCCUGGCCGUCGAAGCAAUGCGAGCGGGAAAGGAUCCAGACCAGGCGGCCGAGUGGGUGGUGCAACGCCUGCUGAGGCACAAUACGGAAUUCAAUGGAGCCGUGGUGGUGGUCAACCGACGGGGCAUCUAUGCCGCGGCCUGUGCAGGACUCGACGAGUUUCAUUUCGUGGUCAGUGGGGGCAAGGAAUACCUCAGCAUGGCGCGGGUGGAGCGGGUCAAGUGCUUGGAGCGGGAGAAUGAAGUCAUAGAUGGUGGACCCAAAGGACUGUUUCCCACCAUUCCCGAAAAACAAAAGGUUCCAUGAGGGUAGACCUACUUAGUCAUUUCUUUGUCUAUUACUUAGUUGCUUAAAAGACCAUUAGCUAUAAGAUAUGAUUUGGCCACAAAUUUUAAUAUUUUCUUUUCCAUUUACUUUUCGGGGGACUCCCUUACUUAUGAAAAUAUUGACCUAUUCUCAUUUUCUUUUCUAUCAUUCGGUUUUCCCUAUUACCAAGGCUAAAAACUUUUUAC